AUGGAGACCACACCUUUGAAUUCUCAGAAGGUCCUGUCAGCAUGCAAAGACAAAGAGGACUGCCAAGGAAACGGUGUUCUCCAAAAGGGUGUCCCCACCCCAGGGGACAGGCCUGAGCCUGGCCAAAUAUCCAAUGGGUACUCUGCAGAUCCCAGCACCAGUGCAGAUGAAGCUACACACUCUAUCCCAACAGCCACCACCACCCUGGUGGCGGAGAUUCGCCAAGGGGAACGGGAGACCUGGGGCAAGAAGAUGGAUUUUCUCCUGUCUGUCAUCGGCUAUGCUGUAGACCUGGGCAACAUCUGGCGUUUUCCCUACAUAUGCUACCAGAAUGGCGGAGGGGCCUUCCUCCUUCCCUACACCAUCAUGGCCAUCUUUGGGGGGAUCCCACUCUUUUACAUGGAGCUUGCGCUGGGCCAGUACCACCGAAAUGGGUGCAUUUCUAUAUGGAGGAAAAUCUGCCCGAUUUUCAAAGGGAUUGGCUAUGCCAUCUGCAUCAUUGCCUUCUAUAUUGCCUCCUACUACAACACCAUCAUUGCCUGGGCGCUCUACUACCUCAUCUCCUCCUUCACGGACCAGCUGCCCUGGACCAGCUGCAAGAACUCCUGGAACACCGGCAACUGCACCGACUACUUCUCCCAGGACAACGUCACCUGGACACUCCAUUCCAAGUCACCUGCUGAGGAGUUUUACCUGCGCCACGUCCUGCAGAUCCACCAGUCUAAGGGCCUCCAGGACCUGGGGACCAUCAGCUGGCAGCUUGCUCUCUGCAUCCUACUCAUCUUCACCGUCAUCUACUUUAGCAUCUGGAAAGGAGUCAAAUCAUCUGGCAAGGUGGUGUGGGUGACAGCCACCUUCCCUUACAUCAUCCUGUCUGUCCUGCUGGUGAGGGGGGCCACCCUUCCUGGAGCCUGGAGAGGGGUCGUCUUCUACCUGAAACCCAACUGGCAGAAACUCUUGGAGCCUGGGGUGUGGGUGGAUGCUGCUGCUCAGAUCUUCUUCUCUCUCGGCCCGGGCUUUGGGGUUCUCCUGGCUUUUGCUAGCUACAACAAGUUCAAUAACAACUGCUACCAAGACGCCCUGGUGACCAGUGUGGUAAAUUGCAUGACGAGCUUCAUUUCUGGCUUUGUCAUCUUCACGGUGCUUGGCUACAUGGCCGAGAUGAGGAAUGAAGAGGUGUCCGAGGUGGCCAAAGAUGCAGGCCCCAGCCUCCUCUUCAUCACAUACGCGGAGGCCAUAGCCAACAUGCCAGCAGCCACCUUCUUCGCCAUCAUCUUCUUCCUCAUGCUAAUCACACUGGGCUUGGACAGCACGUUUGCAGGCCUGGAAGGCGUGAUAACAGCAGUGCUGGAUGAGUUUCCACACAUCUGGGCCAAGCGCCGGGAGUGGUUUGUGCUCAUUGUGGUCAUUACUUGUGUCUUGGGAUCCCUGCUCACGCUGACUUCUGGAGGGGCAUAUGUGGUGACCCUGUUGGAAGAGUACGCCACCGGGCCCGCGGUGCUCACUGUGGCACUCAUAGAAGCCAUUGCCGUGUCUUGGUUCUACGGUAUCAGUCAGUUCUGCAGUGAUGUGAAGGAAAUGCUUGGCUUCAGCCCGGGAUGGUUCUGGAGGAUCUGCUGGGUAGCCAUCAGCCCUCUGUUUCUCCUGUUCAUCCUUUGCAGCUUUUUGAUGAGUCCACCCCAACUGCGGCUUUUCCAAUAUAAUUAUCCUCACUGGAGCAUCAUCUUGGGCUACUGCUUAGGGACGUCUUCUAUUAUCUGCAUCCCCACGUAUAUCAUUUAUCGGCUGAUCAGCACUCCAGGGACGCUGAAGGAGCGCAUCAUUAAAAGUAUCACUCCUGAGACACCAACGGAAAUUCCCUGUGGGGACAUCCGCUUGAAUGCCGUGUAA